AUGUCAACAUCAUCGGGGACACCAGAGUCGUGGAUUUCGUCCUUCUGCUCCUUGCUUGGCCAUGAAUAUUUCGCCGAAGUGUCCGAGGAGUUCAUUGAGGAUGACUUCAACCUCACGGGCUUGCAGACCCAAGUGGCCAUGUACAAAGAAGCGCUAGAGAUGAUCCUUGACGUUGAGCCAGAAGAGGACGAUGAUGAAGAAGACGAGGACGAGGAGGACGAAGAAGACGCGUCUGGGGACGUCCAGGACGGCAUGGCAGGGCGGGCGCAUGGCGAGAGGAGACAUCACAGCAGAGUUGCCAGCGACUUAUCCGUCAUUGAAUCCUCUGCCGAGAUGCUGUACGGCCUGAUCCACCAGCGCUUCAUCUGCUCGAGGGCCGGCAUACAACAAAUGUCGGAGAAGUACGAGUUGGGCCACUUUGGCGUCUGCCCCCGGUACAAUUGCAACCAGACCAGGACGCUGCCCGUCGGUCUCUCCGACAUACCCGGUGAGGACACGGUUAAGCUGUUUUGCCCGUCGUGCCUCGACGUCUACGUACCCCCCAACAGCCGCUUCCAGACGGUCGACGGAGCCUUCUUCGGCCGCACCUUUGGCGCGCUCUUUCUCCUCACCUUCCCCGAAUACGACCUAUCGCGGUCGGGCGCCGAAACGGCGGCCCAACUGACGCGGACGACGACCGACGACCUGGUUAUGAUCAAUGGCAUGUAUGCGCGCAACAUCGCCCCCGGGCUCGGCCGCGAUAAGAUCUACGAGCCCAAGAUCUACGGCUUCCGCGUGUCGGAGCUGGCGCGCUCCGGCCCGCGCAUGCAGUGGCUGCGCGACAAGCCCGACGACAUGACUAUCCUGGACGAGGCCCGCUGGUUUGCCUACGAACACGGCGAGCACGGGGCUGACUCAGAAGACGAUGACGAGGACGAGAACAUGAACGUGAACAGCAAUAACCGCGGUAGCAGGCACGCGGCGAGGCGACGGUUGGCGGGCCACGCCGCGCUGAGGCAAAGGCGGCAGCAGAACCGCAGCCCCAUGAAUGUGGAUGCGAAUGGUGCGGAAUCGGAGCUCUAG